AGCUGGGUUGUGAUCAUUUUUGCAAUCAGCUGAUUUCCUUUCUGAAACCUAACCUAAAAUAUAUUUCAAAUAUUAUCUUUCUUCCCUUUUUGUAACGAAACGAUUAACCACUUUAUUGGAGAUGGUUGAGUUUGAGAUUACUUUUUAGCUAUUCAAGUGUUGAGUUUUGGAAGCAGAAAUGACAUGAGUACACUAUAUUAUUAGUUUUCAUUUUGAAUUUUUCAAGUGAAAUAAAAUGUUUCCAACCAGUACACAGAAGAAACAUUGGAUGUUCACUGAUGAAUCAGAACUACAACGUUUGCGAGAUGAAGCCAACCGAAAAUUUAUUUCUAAACAUAGAAAUGGAAUUGAGGAUGUUGAAGGAUAUUUUCUUACUAGUGCUGAAGAACGAAUCUUGUUAAAGAAUUAUGAAUUGCAAAUGAGAGAGUUAUGUAAUAAAUUCAAUCCGGCCAUGCCUAAGGCAGUGAUUGGGACAUCAUUUCAUUACUUCAAACGAUUCUAUUUGCACAAUUCAGUGAUGGAUUAUCAUCCAAAAGAAAUUCUUGUUACCUGCGUGUAUCUGGCUUGUAAAACAGAAGAAUUUAAUGUGUCAAUAUCGCAGUUUGUGGCUAAUAUAAGAGGUGACAGAGAUAAGGCGUCGGACAUCAUACUGAACAACGAGCUUCUGCUCAUGCAGCUACUCAACUUCCAUCUCACAAUUCACAAUCCGUACAGGCCUGUUGAAGGUCUGCUCAUCGAUAUUAAGACAAGAAGUCAGCUAGCGUAUCCAGAGCGACUACGCCCGGGCAUAGACGAGCUACUAGAGAAGGUGUUUCUGACGGACGCAUGCCUGCUGUACGCGCCGUCGCAACUGGCGCUGGCUGCAGUGCUGCAUGCGGCCAGCAAGAUCCACGAGAACCUCGACGCAUACGUCACCGACACUCUCCUGGGGCCCAACACGCACCAGCGCCUCGUCGAUCUCAUCGAAGCUGUUCGAAAAAUUCGUUCGAUGGUGAAAAGUGUGGAGGCCCCAGCCAGAGAGACAGUCAAGAUUAUUGAGAAGAAAUUGGAGAAGUGUAGAAAUCAAGAAAACAAUCCAAACAGUCAGAUAUACAAGCAGAGAAUGCAAGAAAUACUUGAUGAAGACGAUGAAAAAGAAAUUGAUAAAUACAAGAAACUAAUACAAAAGCACGCUCAAGCUGAUGCUCAGACUCUUGGAUUGGAAAGGAUAUCAUCACCUGGAAAUUGAAUUGGUCUUUGCACCUAUUGCUGUCCUGCAGAUGAAUGCAAUGUCCUCGAGUGUUUACUCGAGUUUGUAUCCUAACAAAAAUAUGUCCGGUAAUCAUCGAUGAAUUAGAAAUAUGAUAAAAUGUUUCUAUAGCCUAAUGUUUUUUACCUGUGAAUCGUAUAAGUAUUUUUAUAGCCUAUUUGUGUAAUAAUUUCUGUAUUUUUGUGUAAAUGAAUAUAAAUAAAAUUAAUUUUCCUACUAA